AUGUCUAAGAGAGAUCGUGACGGCAACAUGCGGCCCAAGGACGGUGGCAAGCCGGGCCCCGCCAUCGCCGAGUCACGCUUCACGCCCAUGUUCAUGGAGUUUCGCAAUGAGCUUGAUGAGCACCAUGAUCGCAAGGAGCGCAUCGUCAAGGCGUCCCGGGAUGUCACUGCCCUGAGCAAGAAGAUAAUUUUCGCUUGCCAGAGGGUGAACAAUCUAGGCGAUUUGCCCAAACGUACUCAGGACGAGAUCGAUACCCGCAUGUCCGAGAUCAAGGACCUUCUUACACCCCUAGAGCCACACCUGACCCCUCUCAACCGCCACCGCUACGCCUCCACCCUCCGCGGCCUCGAGGAGCUCGUCGAGGCUCUCUCCUUUGCGCAUUAUCUACAACACCAAACCCUCAUCACCAUGGAGGAGGCUGGCGCUGCUGUGCCGGCUGCUAUUGAGCUGACCGAGGACGACUAUCUCUACGGCAUCUUCGACCUCUUUGGCGAGAUGAUGCGGUUCGCGACCGUGACUACGGCACAGAAAGGACGGUUGGCGGGCCAGGACGAAGGCAAGCGAGAUAUCCUGAUGGACUUUCACGAAUUGAGCUCGGCGUUUGAGAUACUACCUGAGAUUCACGACCGGACGUACAAAAACAAGAUGGAGGCCAUGAGACAGUCGGUGCACAAGGUGGAGAAGCUGGGGUACGGAAUUGCGAUACGUGGGUCUGAGAGGCCGAAGGGGUGGGUGCCAGACAUGAAGGAUGAUGCCGUGAUCGCUGAUUAG